AUGUCUGGAAAGGACGCAAAUAGCACGAUCUACGUCGGUGGUUUCUCAACCGACACGAGCGCCUCAACCCUCCACUCCGCCUUCCUCCCCUUCGGCGAGAUCCUCGACCUCUCGCUCCCCACCGACCCAAACAACAAGUCCGUCCACCGAGGGUUCGCGUUCAUCACGUUUGCGAAUGCGGAGAGCGCGAUUGAUGCGUGCGACAAUAUGGAUCGGAAUUCGCUGCAGACGGUGACGAAUCGUGGGAGGGUGUUGAAGGUUAACAAGGCCAAGCCGCAGAAGGGGAUUAGCUUGCAGGGGAGCAACAAGCCGAUCUGGGCACAGGAAGAAUGGAUCGCAGAGCACGGAACACACGCCCAAGGGUCGGCACCGGGCGCACAAGAUACAGGCGAAGCGAACGGCGGAGCAAUGGAAGAGUAA